AUGAAGUCAAUAACUCAGACACUCGUCUCCGCCUCCCUGCUUUCCUCUCUCGCCGCCGCACAAGUUGCUGGCCCGUUCCAUUUCACGUCGACUUACAACCUCGUCGCAACACCGGACAAAGUCAUCGGUGCGCAGAACAACAGUGCUCCCGGCGAGACGGGCGCCAUCGGCUACUACAACUACGGCAUCAAUAGCGAGCUGGACAUAAUUUGCUACAACAUCACCCUAACAGGCGGCGCCGCCGGCCCACCACGCAUCGCGUUUCCCAACCCCGAGCCAGCAGACUCGGGCCCAGAGGUCGUCAAGCGUAGCUCCGGGUGUAUCACGGGCCCCUUCACCACCGGAAUCAACGGCACGAACGGAGGAGAUACUGGUGCUGGAUUUACGCUCGCACGAAUCGAGGCAAAUCCAUCUGGAUUCUUCACGGAUUCGCACACAGCCAAGUCGGUGCCCGGCGUCGUGAGGGCGCAACUCCAGCCGGGCGGUGGGGUGGUACAGGGCGGUACUGCAAACGCGAGUCAGGCUGUUGUGCAGCAUGCUAAGGGUCCCAUCGUGAAUGCACACGGCGUGACGACGUGCGAGGUUCAGGUUGUCAGGGUUGGACCUCCUAUGAAGGUCGUCUGCCUGGACUAG